CGCGGUGACGCCGCUGCCGGGCGCGGGGAGCGCGGGGAGCGCGCGGAGCUCAGGCCCCGCCGCCCCGCCGGGCUCUCCGCUCGGCCGAGGGCGCCCGAGCCCGCCGCGGCGAUCGCCCGGGAAAAGUUUCCCCGCCCGGGCUCCCCGAGAGCCUGCAGCCCGCGUCCUCCCGCCACAGCCCUGCCCGUCUCGGCCCCAUGCCCCCGCCAGCCGGCCCCGGGCCACAGGCAGAGCGUCGUCGUAGGCACGUGGGAGCCGCGGCCCUGUGACCAGGCCGAGCAGGCGAGGGCUCUGCGGUCCCAGUCCCCUGUCCCCCCCAUGGAGCUGAGGCCCUGGUUGCUAUGGGUGAUAGCAGCAGCGGGACCCCUGGUCCUGCUGGCGGCUGGUGCCCAGGGCCAGCAGGUCUUCACCAACACCUGGGCCGUGCACAUCUCCGGAGGCCCGGCCAUGGCCGACCGCCUGGCGCGCAAGCAUGGCUUCCUCAACCAGGGCCAGAUCUUCGGCGACUAUUACCACUUCUGGCACCGGGCCGUGACCAAGCGCUCCCUAUCGCCUCACCGCCUGCGGCACAGCCGGCUGCAGAGGGAGCCCCAAGUCCAGUGGCUGGAGCAGCAGGUGGCAAAGCGGCGGACCAAGCGCGACCUGUACCUGGAGCCCACGGACCCCAAGUUCCCCCAGCAGUGGUACCUGUCGGGCGUCGCGCAGCGGGACCUGAACGUGAAGGAGGCCUGGGCGCAGGGCUUCACGGGGCGCGGCAUCGUGGUCUCCAUCCUGGACGACGGCAUCGAGAAGAACCACCCGGACUUGGCAGGCAAUUAUGACCCGGGGGCCAGUUUCGACGUCAACGACCAGGACCCUGACCCGCAGCCGCGGUACACGCAGAUGAACGACAACAGGCAUGGUACCCGGUGUGCGGGCGAGGUGGCCGCCGUGGCCAACAACGGCGUCUGCGGUGUGGGGGUGGCCUACAACGCCCGCAUUGGAGGGGUGCGCAUGCUGGAUGGUGAGGUGACAGACGCGGUCGAGGCACGCUCGCUGGGCCUGAACCCCAACCACAUCCACAUCUACAGCGCCAGCUGGGGCCCCGAGGACGACGGCAAGACCGUGGACGGGCCGGCCCGCCUCGCCGAGGAGGCCUUCUUCCGGGGGGUCAGCCAGGGCCGCGGGGGGCUGGGCUCCAUCUUCGUCUGGGCCUCGGGGAACGGGGGCCGGGAGCACGACAGCUGCAACUGCGACGGCUACACCAACAGCAUCUACACGCUGUCCAUCAGCAGCGCCACGCAGUUCGGCAACGUGCCCUGGUACAGCGAGGCCUGCUCCUCCACGCUGGCCACCACCUACAGCAGCGGCAACCAGAACGAGAAGCAGAUUGUGACCACUGACUUGCGGCAGAAGUGCACCGAGUCUCACACGGGCACCUCGGCCUCUGCCCCCCUGGCAGCUGGCAUCAUCGCUCUCACCCUGGAGGCCAAUAAGAACCUCACCUGGCGGGACAUGCAGCACCUGGUGGUGCAGACCUCAAAGCCAGCACACCUCAACGCUAACGACUGGGCCACCAAUGGGGUGGGCCGGAAAGUGAGCCACUCCUACGGCUACGGGCUGCUGGACGCGGGCGCCAUGGUGGCCUUGGCCCAGAACUGGACCACGGUGGCCCCCCAGCGCAAGUGCACCGUCGACAUCCUCGCCGAGCCCCGGGACAUCGGGAAGCGGCUGGAGGUCCGGAAGACGGUGACCGCCUGCCUGGGCGAGGCCGGCCACAUCACGCGGCUGGAGCACGCGCAGGCCCGCCUCACGCUGUCCUACAACCGCCGGGGCGACCUGGCCAUCCACCUGGUCAGCCCCAUGGGCACCCGCUCCACCCUGCUGGCCGCCAGGCCACACGACUACUCGGCAGAUGGGUUCAACGACUGGGCCUUCAUGACAACCCACUCCUGGGACGAGGACCCCUCUGGCGAGUGGGUCCUGGAGAUUGAGAACACCAGCGAAGCGAACAACUACGGUACGCUGACCAAGUUCACCCUCGUGCUGUAUGGCACGGCGCCCGAGGGGCCGCCCACGCCGCCCGAGAGCAGCGGCUGCAAGACGCUCACGUCCAGCCAGGCCUGUGUGGUGUGCGAGGAAGGCUUCUCCCUGCACGAGAAGAGCUGCGUCCAGCACUGCCCGGACGGCUUCGCCCCGCAAGUCCUCAGCACGCACUACAGCGCCGAGAACGACGUGGAGCCCAUCCGCGCCAGCGUCUGCGCCCCCUGCCACCCCUCGUGCGCCACGUGCCGGGGGCCGGCGCCCACGGACUGCCUCAGCUGCCCCGGCCACUUCUUCCUGGACCCCCUGGAGCAGGUCUGCUCCCGGCAGAGCCAGAGCAGCCGCGAGUCCCCGAAGCAGCCGCCGCUGCCGCCCACCCCGCCGGCCCCCGAGGAGGCGGAGGCGGAGGCGGAGCCGCGGCCCCGGGCCGGCCUGCUGCCCUCGCACCUGCCCGAGGUGGUGGCCGGCCUCAGCUGCGCCUUCAUCGUCCUGGUCUUCGUCACCGUCUUCCUGGUCCUGCAGCUGCGCUCCGGCUUCAGCUUCCGGGGCGUCAAGGUGUACACCAUGGACCGCGGCCUCAUCUCCUACAAGGGGCUGCCCCCCGAGGCCUGGCAGGAGUGCCCGUCGGACUCGGAGGAGGACGAGGGCCGGGGCGAGAGGACCACCUUCAUCAGGGACCAGAGCGUCCUCUGACGAGCGCCCCUCGCACCCCGCCGCCAGGCCCCUCCCCUCCUCGGGCACUUUUUAACUCACCAAAGUAUUUUUGUAUCUCGGACUGGGCUCGGGCCCCAGCUGGCGAGGCCCGGGGAGCAGGGGUGGCUUCCCACCUCACUCCUGGGCCUCCUGGCUGCCUGAGGUGGGGGCCCGGGGCCAGCUGGGGGGGGGGCAGGGGAGGGCCCCCCACACACACACCCUCCGCACCCUCUCCGCGAGGGGAGGAGCGACACCUUAAGGACAGCUUCCCGAGCUCGUCCAGGCCCCAGCCGGAGUCCCUGGGGGGCAGAGGCGAUGAGGGCCCCCCUCGGGGCUCCUGGCCCGGCCGCAGCUCUGGCUUCUCCCCGUCCCUCUAAAGCAAUAACGGUCCCCAAGCAGGCAGCAGGGAGGCUGGCCCAGGGACACAAGGAGGAGGCGGCCACCUCUUCAAGGGCUUGAGCAUCCCUGACACCGCCCCCACCUCCGAUGAGCCUCAGGCAGAAGCAGUGAUGGAAGGAAGGAAGGGACCAAGGCGAGGCAGGUGCUUCAAGGGUGCGGGGGCGCGCACACGUGUGUGUGUGUGUGUGUGUGUGCGCACGCGUGCUCACACGUGUGUGUGUGUGCGUGUCUCUGCUCACCACAGCUGGCUGCCCGCUGAGCGAGGCCGGCCCAGCCCCCCACGCCGGUGUCCUGACCACCACCCCCUCCUCCUGCCGGGGCCCACGUCCCUGUUUUUUUCUGAGCCCGGGGCUGCCCGGGCUGUGGGCACUCAGUCCCGGAGCCCCCGGGUGGGUGUCGGGGAAGGACGGUGGCCCAGCCAGCCUCCCCCCCGCCUCCCACCCAAUGCUGCUUUCCCCUGUGGGGAUCUCAGGGGCCGUUUGAGGAUAUAUAUAUAUAUAUAUAUUUUCACUCUGUGAUUAUUUCACUUUAGAUGCUGAUUUUUUUUUUUUUGUAUUUUUUUAAUGGGGGCAGCAGCCGGACCACCAUCUCCCCACACCCACUUCUCCACCCUCUGCUGUCCCCCCAGCUGCUCUGACACCAGAGGUGUGUGUGGGGGGGGGCGCUGCAGCAGGUUGCUGGGAAAGUGCGGUGUAGCUGAGCCCCCAAGUUCUGAGGAGGCUGCCCAGGGGGGGUCCUUGGAAAUGGGGGUCGCGGGAGGAGGGGCGACGGGUGUCCCGCUUCAGAUGGGCCUCGCCGUGCCGAGCCGAGGGCUCAUGGGUCACUGGUUCUCUAAGUGCCAGGGGCGGGCAGGCAGCGCCGUGCCCCCUCCCACACUGUGCCCUGGUGGAGAAAGCGCUGUCCCAGCCCGCCCCCCACCCCCCCGCCCAGCCCCCCGAGUUCCACUCUUCUGACGUGCCUUUUGCACCCCUCCCACUAGGACAAUCAGUCCCCCUUCUGUUCGGGAGCCCUCUUCUUUCUCACCCCGAACCCCGUCCUGGCACCCAAGCCACCUGCCCAGGGGUGCCCGCUCCCCGCCCCCCUCCCCUCCCCUCGUGGCCAGCCCGGCUGGUUUUGUAAGAUACUGGGUUGGUCCACAGUGAUUUUUUUUUUUCUUUUCUUUCUUCCUUGUAAUUUAAACAGGCCCAGCAUUGUUGGUUCUAUUUAAUGGACACAGAUAACGUUAGAAGUUUUAAAAAGCGAUUAAACUUGCAUACCUAUGCAAUCGAGACCCGG